UGGGCCGUGGGCCGUCAGGGCAGCCCUGAAGGGGCCCCCUCCCCACUCCGCUCGAGUAGAAGUGUGAGAGAGCCCAGCAGGACUCAGAGGGGAGAGUUGGAGGAAAAAAAAAAAAGGCAGAAAAGGGAAAGAAAGAGCAAGAGAGAGAGAGAGAGAGAGUGAGAGGCGCCGCUGAGCCCACCCCGAUGGCCGCGGACGAAGUUGCCGGAGGGGCGCGCAAAGCCACGAAAAGCAAACUUUUUGAGUUUCUGGUCCAUGGGGUGCGCCCCGGGAUGCCGUCUGGAGCCCGGAUGCCCCACCAGGGGGCGCCCAUGGGCCCCCCGGGCUCCCCGUACAUGGGCAGCCCCGCCGUGCGACCCGGCCUGGCCCCCGCGGGCAUGGAGCCCGCCCGCAAGCGAGCAGCGCCCCCGCCCGGCCAGAGCCAGGCCCAGAGCCAGGGCCAGCCGGUGCCCACCGCCCCCGCGCGGAGCCGCAGUGCCAAGAGGAGGAAGAUGGCUGACAAAAUCCUCCCUCAAAGGAUCCGGGAGCUGGUCCCGGAGUCCCAGGCUUACAUGGACCUCCUGGCAUUUGAGAGGAAACUGGAUCAGACCAUCAUGAGGAAGCGGGUGGACAUCCAGGAGGCUCUGAAGCGGCCCAUGAAGCAAAAGCGCAAGCUGCGUCUUUAUAUCUCCAAUACUUUUAACCCUGCGAAGCCCGAUGCCGAGGAUUCUGAUGGCAGCAUUGCCUCCUGGGAGCUGCGGGUGGAGGGGAAGCUCCUGGAUGACCCCAGCAAGCAGAAGCGGAAGUUCUCUUCCUUCUUCAAGAGCUUGGUCAUUGAGCUGGACAAAGACCUUUAUGGCCCUGACAACCACCUCGUGGAGUGGCACCGGACACCCACCACUCAGGAGACGGACGGGUUCCAGGUGAAGAGGCCGGGGGACCUGAGUGUACGCUGCACGCUGCUUCUCAUGCUGGACUACCAGCCUCCCCAGUUCAAACUGGACCCCCGCCUGGCCCGGCUGCUGGGCUUGCACACGCAGAGCCGCUCGGCCAUCGUCCAGGCCCUGUGGCAGUACGUGAAGACCAACCGGCUGCAGGACUCCCACGACAAGGAGUACAUCAACGGCGACAAGUAUUUCCAGCAGGUACCCUCUCCCCCAAGCCUGGGGCCAUGGGGAAGGGAAGGGCCUCUGCUCAGGAACACCACCCUCAGACGGAGAGACCGAGGCCAAGGUGUGAAGUUGAGCGGCCCGAGGCCUGCUUCCANCGCGGUGCUGCAACGGGACGAGCACGUGUCUUUCUACCUGCAGAUCCACGAGACGAUUGAGUCCAUCAACCAGCUCAAGAUCCAGAGGGACUUCAUGCUGAGCUUCUCCAGAGACCCCAAGGGCUACAUCCAGGACCUCCUCCGCUCCCAGAGCCGGGACCUCAAGGUGAUGACAGACGUGGCAGGCAACCCCGAGGAGGAGCGCCGGGCUGAAUUCUACCACCAGCCUUGGUCCCAGGAGGCCGUCAGCCGCUACUUCUAUUGCAAGAUCCAGCAGCGCAGGCAGGAGCUGGAGCAGUCGCUGGUCGUACGCAACACCUAGGCAUGCUGGGGACGCGAGCUGCAGGGGGCCACCUGGCCCUGCCCCGGCCCAUCCCCUCGGGCCUGGCCAUCACCCCCCAACGCCUUGUGGGCGAGGCAGGGGCUGGAUUAAAGGUUAUUUACCUGAUAA